CGGAUCUGUAUUGCCAGCUGUAAGUUUUCGGCCAUUUGUAAUUUGACACUUCCUGUACUAUAAUUGCUUAUUAAAUGAUGUUAUCGACAAAUAAUAUUGACUAAAUGACUCGUCCAGCCGACAUGAAAUAUCGGAAAGUCGUUUUACGGUCAUUAUAGAUCAACCAGUUUGUAACAGGUGGUUCACUUCUUUUACAUAUUUCAAAACUCGGUUAUCGCCAACAUGUAAACAUUGAUUAAGAUUUCAUCCUGUAGACAAAGACCACAUCUACUUCCGGUACAAACAGGUCAUCAUAUAACCCCGUACUGUACACUCAGACGCCUAAGCGUUCGCACUUGCAUUUAAAGUAUCUUUACCUUGCCUUUCAAUAUCUUUACCUAUAUCACGUAGGGUAUGCGAGGUCAGCUGCUGGACGCCGAGUGUACGUUUAUCGCAUUAUAUCUAUAUAAAAGGAACUCGUUAUCGCACGAGAUCUCUCCUACGGGUACCGUCCCCUUGUACACAGUGAGCGUGGAGGUCUCGUAGUUAUCAGCGGUGCACCUCUGUGUAUACAUACAAUGUCAUGUAUAUUUACAAUGUAGCCGACAAAGGAUGGAAGUCCAACUGGCUAUAAGUCUAUGUUACGGCGCACUCCUUCCCCUGUAUACAAUCCGCCUAGCCGCCUCUCUGAUAUCGGUGUCAACACUGUGUAUACCAGAGUAACGCUGAUGUGGCCGGUGUUGGCUGUGGCUUUCGUGUUCUCUGUUGUGAUUAAUAUAUAACAGGAAAACUUCAGCGAUUUCUUAAAAAUUCACUAAGAUGGCCGAUAAUAGUCCACAACAAAGUGAUGACGAAAGAAAUGCACCAAGUGAAGAUGGAGAUGCAGGUCAGGGUCAGACGCAAAAGUUUCCAAGCAAUCCGCCGUCGAGGUCGCCGUCUACGACAUCAGCGGAUUCCCAUGCCGCAAAAUCAUCCCUCCAAAAGGAAUCAAAGCAUCCGGAAAUUCAUAGGCCAGCGCCACCUGUACCCGUAUCCGUCAGAACAUCGAAGUAUGAAAACACGUACGACGUCACGUAUGACGACAUCCCGCUGAGCCAGGGAAACCCUCCCCAAGUACAGCAACAACCGACCCCGCCGGGGCACGCAUCCCCGUACACAGGGACUCCGACUCAAGCUCACACACUCCGGGGCAGUGCUUCCCAAUAUAACAACGAACCAUCCGUCCCACAUAUUGACCUGAUUGACAGGGACCCGACACACAUCAAUGACGAUGUGAAGGUGGAGUUUGAUGACUUGUUCGCCGAACCAGAUGGCUCCCACAGUAUCGAUUGUGUGUGGGUGAAUAGCGCAAUUGUUUUCACAAAAACUAAAUUCUGGUGCUACAGAAUUCUCACCGCCAUUUUUGCAAUCCCGUGUGCCUUUUGUUGGGGUAUAAGUUUCGCGUGCCUCACGUGCGGCACCGUAUGGAAUGUGCGACCAUUGAUCAGGCGCUACGCUAUAGAAAUUAUUCCCUAUGCUAAGAUAUGGAGAAUAUUCCUAGAGGCCAUCGUUAGUCCUGUGUUUGAAGCCUGUGGAAGGAUAUUCAGUGGAAUAACAAUCACAAUGAAAAAGGAGUGAACCGGUUGUGUUACUGCGCUUGUUUACACUUAAGAAGUACAUGUUUGGCCAGUCGGUGACAACAUUGAAAGUGAUCGACACAAACAAAGAUGUCAAAUAUAUGUAACAUUUUCUUAUGUUUUUGAUUAAUAAAACGGUUUUCAUUUA